UGCUACUUAGAAAAUCAUUUUUAUCAUCCCAUAAACAAGCUUAAAUUACAAAGUGUUAAUACAGCUUUUCCAAGUCUGGCAUACAGUGAACUUAUUGGGACCUACCCAGUGAUUGAGAGUUUGGAUAGUAGCAAGUCCUAGUUGUCCAAGGCACCACAAACCAGGCAGCAUUCUACUUCCACAUGCUGUGAAACUGAACAUUCGGCAAUCCACUUUAUGUUGUUCAAAUUAAAGCAAAUGAUUCCAGUAAACCAGUCUUGAGUAAAAUCAAAGAUCUGAAAGUAAACUGGGAAGAUCAGUUUAAUAGGGCUGCUGUAUUGGGACAGAUUACAAGACUUGUUUCUAAACAUGACUCUUAUUUAUAGGCAUGCUUCCCUGGAACUAAAGCCUUCUAACUACGUGGAGCAUUGGCAAAUAAACUUUUCAUACUAAACAAUACCGAACCACGCCCGCAUUCUUCUCCAUCACACGAAACUAACAAGACUUUCUAGCUGAGCCCCCUUGCGGCCAAUGACAGACCCAUUUUUUGCAUUUGUUGUGGAUGCCAGGAAAGGGGAAGGCGGACACAUUCUAACCACGUGUCCAAGCUUUGCUUUUCGGGCUUCUUCGGUUUCAGAGCCGGUCUUUCUUCACGUGUCCUUAAGAGACGCACAUCAGGAAACAGAGGUGGACCAGGCUGCCGUUUCGGCUGCUUAGAAGAUUUCAAGGCAGGCUCCCUCAGCUCUGCCUGCAGACUCCAGGGAUUACAGCUGGCCCGUUCUGCACAUAAAGCAGUCGAGUUCACUCUUCGCAGCAGCCAUGGAAAAGGGGCCGUUGUCGGUUGACGCAGCGGAGAACGGAGAGGAGCAGCGGCAGCCUACAGCUCCUGCACCUGAGAACGCAACCGAGGGAAGCGAAGAGUGCUACGAAGGUCUCUGGGAGCUGCCCGUGGAGCUCAGCGCGCGGAGACCCGAAUGCGGCCGCUGCGGUCGUCCUCAAAAGGUGUGCCUGUGUCCAUUCUUGCCAGUUCAUCCUUUGAAAGUCUCUACUUGUUUGUACAUUAUCCAGCAUCCAGCAGAGGAAAGUAGAGUGUUACGAACUGUACCUCUUCUAACUGCUUGUCUUCCUGAAGACAAAUGUAAAGUCUUGAUUGGACGACGCUUCUGUGAAGACAGGUACCCUGAAUUAGCAUCCAUGUGCAAAAGUUCAAAUACCUUAAUACUGUAUCCUGGAGCUGGAGCAACAAAUUUGGAAGAAAUGGAUUUGAGUUCCACUAAUUCCUAUGCGAUCAUAAUCAUUGAUGGAACAUGGAGUCAAGCAAAAGAUAUAUUUUCAAAGAAUCCCCUUUUUCAAAUACCCAAGCAGGUACAACUGAAAACCAGCUUUUCAAGUCAGUACAUAAUUCGUACCCAGCCCACAAAUGCAUGCCUGUCUACACUUGAAUGUGCCGCUAUUGCCCUAGCCAUCGUGGAAAAAAAUGAUGCAAUUAAAGAGACUGUACUUCGUCCUCUUCAAGCUCUUUGUGCUUUCCAGAUCCAGCAUGGUGCCCAGGUCCAUCACAGCAAGGAACAUCUUCUUAAAAAUGGUUUAUAUGACAAACCAAUGCCAAAAAAUAAACGCAAGCUCAGGAGAAUGGAACUUUUAGUGAAUAAUGUUAAAAUUUAGGGGUGUCAUAUAGAUUUAUUAUGAAAGAUUUUUAUUCCUUUUAGCUAAUGAAGUGGAGUUAAUUAUGGAUUUGAUCCAAAUAAAAGUAUCCUAAAAUGAAACACAUUCACCUGGCUCCCUGCCCAGAAUUCAAGACUGAUAUAAAGGCAAAAUGCCUGGGAAGCUUUUCGAAUUUCUGUCUGAAUUUUUCAUGAUAAUGAUGAAGCUGAAGCAAGAAGGAACAUACAUUUCUUCGGUGUUUCAUUGUGACUUAAAUUAAACCAUAAUUUGAAUGUUUUCUCCUUAAUUUCUUAUUAAAGUGGAGAUGUGUAGUAUUAAUAUUGAUAUGGCAGGUGGAUAUUGAUACUGUAAGUCAUGGAAAUCCUAGUAGACAUAAGAAUCUAGAAUUCCUGUUUUUUCAAUAGUUAAUAAACCUGUGUUGAAAUAAGUGUAUUUUGGGGGCUAGGUUUUCCUAUUCAUUAAAGCCUGGCAAAAAAUAGACAUUCCAAUCUUAAAACAACAAGCAAACAAAGAGUAUGAGAACACUCCUCUUUCUAUGAGAUUGCAAACAGACCAUGGCAUGAAAGCACAGAUUUUAUUAUGGUGAUUACAUUCUACUUUUUCUAGAUAGCAUUGUUGUGUUUAUGUCAAAAAUUAUAUUUUUAUAUGAAUAGUGCAUUUUUCUCCAAUUUAAGAACUAUUGUUAAAGAUUGAAGAUGAAAAAUUAAAGAUUGAAGAUGAAAAAUAA